AUGUUACGAUGGCUAGCAUUGGAUGGCAACUCUCGCUGGCUAAUUAUUUUUGACAACAUCGAUUAUGAUUCCUCCUUUCACGAUGCUGACUCUGAUGAUUAUAACAUUGAGAAGUUUUUCCUAAACGCAGACCAUGGGUCUAUCCUGAUUACUUCUCGACUUCAGAGGCUAAGUGAUUUAGGGGAGCCUUUCCCAGUUCAAAGGCUUGACUCCGAAAGCUCGAUUGAGCUACUCCUACAAAGCAGUGGUUCAUUAGCAAGGAACACCACUAGCAACUUUGACAGCAAUCCAGGUAGGAUCGCACCGGAUGAAAAGAUCUUACAGAUCAUGCUGACUCAUGGAGAUACCCUUACUCUUGCCAAUCGUCUGGAUGGUCUGCCUUUGGCCAUUAUUAUCGCCGGGGUGUUUAUGCGUGAAACUGGAACCAGCAUCACUGAGUACCUGCAGUACUACCAAAAUUCUUGGUCUGAGCUACAGCUACAAUCAAAACCUGGACGCAAUAUACUGCAAACAUGGAUGAUCUCAUAUCUUGAGAUCCAGAGACGAGAUCCAAGCGCAGCAGACCUUCUAUUGCUACUUGCUCAUUUUGAUAAUCGUGAUAUCUGGUACGAGUUAGUGGAGUGUGUCCGUCACAGCUCAAACAUCCCGGACUGGCUCAACAAGGUGACAUCAAGCGGACUCGCGUUCAAAGCCGGCGUGAAAUCUCUCAUCGGAUUCUCGCUUCUGGAGAGUAAGCAACAAGAAGGAAGCUAUGCGAUGCACCCAGUGGUGCAGGACUGGUGCAUUCAUGUUGCCAGCGAAAGCGAAGAUGUGAAUCGAAUGCAGCUUAAUAAACUAGCAUUGAUAUCUGUUGGAUACUCUGUGCCCAGUGCGAGUGAUAGAGUAUAUUCAGAGCUUCAGCAACGGCUUCUUCCACACGCUAAUCAUAUGCGUCAUUUAAAAAUUUUAGAUGACAAUAUUGAAUUAUGGGAAGCAUUGCAUAGUUUGGGGAAUCUUUACUCCAACCAGAGCAAGCUGAAAGAGGCAGAAGAGAUGCUCCAGCGAGCACUGACAGGCUAUGAGAAAGCCCUCGGUCUAGAUCAUACGUCGACUCUGAUGACAGCCAACAACCUUGGCAUUCUCUACAAGGAUCAAGACAAGCUGAAAAAGGCAGAAGGGAUAUACGUAGAAGAAAUGCGAGACAGCCGGGAGGUCGCAAGUUCCAAUGCUAACAAGGGAUGUCGGGCUAUAGACAAAGUUAAAAGAUGGCUUAGAUACUAA